AUGAGGCCAGUAUUUUCCCAGUACCGAAACCAGACAAAGGUAAUACAAAUGCAACUUGGCGCUGCGGGGCGGUGUGGGGCGGAGCGUGCGCCCUGCAGUCUGAGCGUCGCCUCCGCGCCCGCUGUGACCUGCUUGCGGCUGCCCGGGGGGCUGAGGGCGGGCAGGGUCCGGACCCUGCGCUCGGGCUCCGCUCUGCUCUCCGUGCCUAAAUUCACAGACAAACAUGAAUGGAUAACAACAGAAAAUGGUAUUGGAACAGUGGGAAUCAGCAAUUUUGGACAGGAAGCUUUGGGAGAUGUUGUUUACUGUAGUCAGCCUGAAGUUGGGACAAAACUGAACAAACAAGAUGAGUUUGGUGCUUUGGAAAGUGUGAAAGCUGCUGGUGAACUCUAUUCUCUAUCAGAAGUAACUGAAAUUAAUGAAGCUCUUGCAGAAAAUCCAGGACUUGUCAACAAAUCUUGUUAUGAAGAUGGUUGGCUGAUCAAGAUAGCACUCAGUAAUCCUUCAGAACUGGAUGAAUUAGUGAGUGAAGAAGCAUAUGAGAAAUACAUAAAAUCUAUUGAGUGA